AGAAUAGAAAACUCAAUUCAAAACGCAAGGGGAGGUGGUGGUGGCUCUUUUCAAAAAACAAACAUUUCUCUCCGAGGAGACUCACCUCACCUCUCUCUUUCAUCUCUCCUUCUGUUUUCAAAAUCGUUGAAAUUUCAAUUCUGAUCUCCCCCGACGCCAUUAGAUCUCAAACUUGUAGGGUUUUUGCAUUACUUGGAUCGCCUUAGCCUUUACUCGGAACAAUUCUUGGCUCUCUUACUUCUUUUAGAUCCUUUUCGUCUUGGAAAUUUUGUUAAUUUCAAUUUACAUGGAGGCGAUCGAAGAGUUGGGGGAGCUCUCAGAGUCCAUGAGGCAAGCGGCGGCUUUGCUUGCUGACGAAGAUGUUGACGAGAAGCCGAGCUCCACUUCUAGAAGGACUUCUACUUUUCUUAAUGUUGUUGCCCUUGGCAAUGUUGGUGCUGGUAAAUCUGCAGUUCUAAACAGCUUAAUUGGGCAUCCUGUUUUGCCAACUGGUGAAAAUGGUGCUACCCGUGCUCCUAUAAGCAUUGACUUACAGAAGGAUGGCUCUUUGAGCAGCAAAUCAAUACUUUUGCAAAUUGACAAUAAAUCCCAGCAAGUUUCUGCAAGUGCAUUACGGCAUUCUUUACAGGAAAGGUUGAGUAAGGGAGCCUCGGGCAAGAGUCGGGAUGAAAUAUAUUUGAGAUUACGGACAAGUACAGCACCUCCCCUGAAAUUGAUAGAUUUACCUGGCCUGGAUCAACGUAUCAUGGAUGCGUCUAUGGUUAGUGACUAUGCUGAGCACAAUGAUGCCAUCUUGCUGGUUAUCGUACCAGCAGCCCAAGCAUCAGAAAUUGCUUCCUCUCGGGCCCUUAGGGUUGCCAAGGAAUAUGAUGGAGAAGGUACCAGAACUGUUGGUGUAAUUAGUAAAGUUGAUCAAGCUGCUUCAGAUCAGAAAGCUCUUGCAGCUGUUCAGGCUCUCCUGUUGAAUCAGGGUCCAGCAAAAACUGCUGAUAUCCCUUGGGUUGCUUUAAUUGGUCAGUCAGUUUCAAUAGCUUCUGCACAGUCUGGAUCUGACAGCGCAUUGGAAACUGCAUGGAGGGCAGAAAAUGAAAGUCUUAAAUCAAUAUUGAAUGGAGCUCCUCAAAGUAAACUGGGCAGAAUAGCUUUAGUGGAUGCUCUGGCACAUCAAAUUCGCAAGCGUAUGAAAGUUCGGCUUCCUAACCUUCUUUCUGGGUUACAAGGGAAGUCUCAAAUAGUUCAGGAUGAAUUAGUGAGGCUUGGGGAGCAGAUGGUUGAAAGUGCUGAGGGCACAAGAGCUAUUGCAUUGGAGCUUUGCCGUGAAUUUGAGGAUAAAUUUCUCCUGCACAUUACGACUGGCGAGGGUGCUGGUUGGAAAGUUGUUGCCAGUUUUGAGGGAAAUUUCCCGAAUAGGAUCAAGCAGCUUCCUUUGGACAGGCAUUUUGAUAUCAAUAAUGUCAAGAGGAUUGUAUUAGAAGCCGAUGGUUAUCAACCAUAUCUCAUAUCUCCGGAAAAGGGUUUGAGGUCUUUAAUAAAAGGAGUUCUCGAGCUUGCAAAAGAGCCAUCACGUCUUUGUGUUGAUGAGGUACACCGAGUCCUGGUAGAAAUAGUUUCUGCUUCUGCAAAUGCUACACCGAGCUUAGGAAGAUACCCUCCUUUCAAGAGAGAGGUCGUAGCUAUUGCUACUACUGCUCUGGAGGGAUUCAAGAAUGAAGCAAAAAAGAUGGUUGUUGCACUAGUGGAUAUGGAGCGGGCAUUUGUGCCUCCCCAGCAUUUCAUCCGUUUGGUGCAAAGGAGGAUGGAAAGACAGCGACGAGAGGAGGAGCUUAAAAACAGAUCUUCUAAAAAAGGUCAUGAAGCUGAGCAAGCAAUACUAAAUAGGGCAACUAGUCCUCAAACAGGGGGAAAUUUGAAAUCAAUGAAAGAGAAAUCCAAUCAGUCAGAAAAAGAAGUGCAGGAGGCCUCUGGCUUAAAGACUGCAGGUCCUGAAGGAGAAAUAACUGCAGGCUUUUUGUCAAAGAAAAGUGCAAAAAAUGAUGGAUGGAGCAAGCGAUGGUUUGUUUUGAAUGAGAAGACUGGGAAGCUUGGUUACACAAAAAAGCAAGAGGAGAGAAUUUUUCGUGGUGUCAUCACAUUGGAGGAAUGCAAUAUUGAAGAGGUGCCAGACGAUGGAGAACCUCCCGCGAAGAGUUCAAAGGAUAAAAAGGCCAAUGGACCUGCUUCUACAGCACCCAGCCUUGUUUUUAAAAUAACUAGCAAGGUCCCCUAUAAAACUGUUUUGAAAGCCCACAGUGCUGUUGUUUUAAAGGCUGAAACUAUGGCUGAUAAGGUUGAAUGGAUAAACAAGAUAUCAAAAAUUGCGCAAUCUUCCAAAGGACAAAUUAGAAAUGCCUCUCCUGAAGGUGGUUCUACUUCUACAUUGCGGCAGAGUCUUUCUGAUGGUUCUCUAGAUACGAUGGCUCGAAGGCCAGCAGACCCUGAAGAGGAGCUUCGGUGGAUGUCUCAGGAAGUGCGUGGUUAUGUUGAAGCAGUCUUGAAUAGCUUGGCAGCUAAUGUUCCCAAAGCAGUUGUUCUCUGCCAAGUUGAGAAAGCCAAGGAAGAUAUGCUAAAUCAGUUAUAUAGCUCUAUCAGUGCUCAAAGCACGGCGAGGAUUGAAGAGCUGCUUCAAGAGGAUCAGAAUGUAAAGCGCAGGAGAGAGCGCUACCAAAAACAGUCUUCGCUCCUUUCUAAGUUGACACGUCAACUCAGCAUUCAUGACAACCAGGCAGCUGCUGCUUCCAGUUGGUCUAAUGGUAGUGCAGAAAGCAGCCCGAAGACAAAUGGUCCAUCAGGCGAUGACUGGAGAUCCGCAUUUGAUGCAGCUGCCAAUGGUUCUGUGGAUUACAGUACAUCUAGAUCAUCAUCCAGAUCUUCAUCCAGAUCUUUAUCUAAUGGUCACAGUCGGCAAUACAAUGGCUCGGCACAGAAUGGCGAUAUAAGCCCUGGUUCAAACUCGAGCAGUCGUCGUACUCCUAUCCGGAUGCCGCCUGCACCCCCAUCGUCUGGAUCUUCGGGUUACAGAUUCUAACAGAUGUUUGAUCGAUUUUUCAUUUACAAUUCAUAUAUUCACUGCAUUUUUGGUGGGUGAGAUUCAACCUCUGAUUUGAUGAGUUUGUCAUUCAAAAUUCUAUUAUAGAAUCUCUUGGGGGGAGAAGAGAGGGUGUUUGUGUAUAUAAAGACUAGAGUUCCUCUAUGUCAGGUUUUAGUGGGUUGCCUUAGUAGUAAGAAACUUAGAACAGUGGCUUCAAGGUGUUCUUGAAAUCCAUUAUCUUAUAUUUUUAUGCUAGCUUAAAACCCUAAUCAAUUCAGUGGGAAUUCCUUUUUAUAUAAUUUUUCAAUUAUACUGUUUAAUGCAAUGAUGUUCAAAUUAAGUGCCA